AUGAAUAUGCUGCACAAUGGUCGCCUCAUGUUUCCGUUGGUACGAUAUCCUGGGUAUCACAGUGUGUGUAUGCUUGAGUUUGGAUCACUUACCUACGACAAGACUCUACUUGAGUUGGAGUGGUGGACCCCGGAUGACAGUGAAACUCCUAUGCCAUACGUUGACUUCUCCGACUACAUCCCAGCCAAUGAGUGGUAUACGGAUGGAGAAGACGAACGACAUCUGAAACACGAACAGAGGACUAAGCAGAUUCGGUCCAUUAAACGAUACCGCGUUCAGUACACUACCGACAACAAAAAAGAAGCCUUGUAUUUUCCGGUGCUGAGAUUCCGCGUGCGACUCUACCGCAAUCCCAGUUUCCACAUGUUUAUCCUGAUCAUCCCGUGUUUACUGUUGUCUCUGCUCACGUUAGUUGUCUUCUGGCUUCCUCCGGACUCACCUGCCAAAAUGAUGUUAGGAAUAAAUAUCUUCGUGGCUUUCUUCGUGCUACUUCUACUGUUGGCCAAAUCAAUGUCGAGUGCGGUGAAAGACUUCCCUCUGAUUGGCGUAUUCUUCUGCCUCAAUAUGGUUCUGGUCACACUGUCCCAAUUUCUGGCUACCAUGGUGGUGAACCUGUUCUACCGUGGAACGGAUGGUCGCCCUCCACCAUUGUGGGCACGUCGA